AUGGCGAAUCACUCACAACACUUCUACCACCUGAGCCAUACCUACGCUCCCAACGAUCAUGCAGCCAGCGCAGAUUUGCUUUUUGUAUUUCUGGUCCAAUAUGGCUCUUUCAACGUCUUGGGUCGCCGACCCCUGCACAUGGCGAAUCACCCACAACACUUCUACCACCUGAGCCAUACCUACGCUCCAACGAUGGAGCGCAGCCGGACGCGCGCGCGCGGAGGAGAAUGUGGGUCACUGGGCCUUGUCGCCCUCCAGCGUGCGGAAACACUCCGCGAGCCGCGGACUACAAAAUACAACAACAACCAAGAAGAAGAAGGUGGGGGAAAAAAGGAGCAGCCUCACCUCGCCGAGUCCUUCGCCCUCGCUUGUGGUGCGGCUCGCUCGGUCGUGGCGUCGCAUGGAGCGCGGAGGAGGCGGCGGCGGCGGCGGCGGCGGCCAGGAGGACUCCGGCUCGGGGAGGAAAACAGGAGGCCUACUUCAUAUUACGACGUACAGUCAUGCGCAAUGGAGACAGUAGGGCGCACUAUUUGGUUCCCGCGUGUGUCCCAAUGUUGUCUGCCUCCAGUAAAUAAGAAGAGUGACAGGGUGAAUUGCUACUCAUGUAGGCAAAAAGCCUCUCAAACCAAAAAGCAGGAGGAGCAGCGAGGAUAAUAAAAGCACUCAGCGACCCGUCUGUCUUCUCACAAAUGUGACAAAUCCCAUGGAGCCACAAAUCACAUCAGUUCUGCCGGAUUUCCAAGGUCCACGCGGGCUCAUGUUUCCUGGCCAAGUGCAGCCGUGGCCGCCCCUCACCAUGAUGCUUCCAGCUCACCUUUUAGCGCUGCACGCCGCACCUGUGCUCACCCCGCAGGGGUAAUGGAGGACGCACGCAGAGUGCUGUGGGACAUCCGUUUCCCACGCAAGUAGCGUUUAAUCACGGACAAACAUCGGGCACGGUGCCGUAUCGUGUCGUAAACGUCGAUACGGGAGUGAGUGGAGGGGAGACAGGGAGACCGAAGGGAGGAACCCUGGCGGAGUGCCAGUGAGCAAGGCAUGGGACUUUGUGCAACCAUUCCUAGCAGGGUCAAAUCUACACCUGAAUUAUGUGCCUUUAUAUCCCAGGAGGGCCUACAUAGUG